AUAGAUCUGUCGCAGAACAGAAAGAAUUCGGAGAGGGACGAGUAUGAUGACAUAUCCUCAAGUUUUUAGAAGAUAGUUCUGUCACAGAAUAACACACAAAUAAUUCGGAGAGGAAGAGUAUGUUGGCAUAUAAUCCUUAAGUUUUUAGAAGAUAGAUCUGUCACAGAAUAACACACAAAUAAUUCGGAGGGGACGAGUAUGAUGGCAUAUCCUCAAGUUUUUAGAAGAUAGAUCUGUCACAGAAUAACACACAAAUAAUUCGGAGGGGACGAGUAUGAUGGCAUAUCCUCAAGUUUUUAGAAGGUAAUAUAAUUCUGAAUUUACAGAAAAUAGUAACCACUAAUCUGUAUAUUUUAAAUUAAAGUUGUAACACUACAUACCUUCAGAUAGAUCUGUCGCAGAACAACACGCGGACAAUUCGGAGAGGAAGAGUAUGUUGGCAUAUCAUUCAGUUUUUAGAAGAUAGAUCUGUCGCAGAACAGAAAGAAUUUGGAGAGGGAGAGUAUGUUGACAUAUCCUUAAGUUUUUAGAAGAUAGUUCUGUCACAGAAUAACACACAAAUAAUUCGGAGAGGAAGAGUAUGUUGGCAUAUAAUCCUUAAGUUUUUAGAAGAUAGAUCUGUCACAGAAUAACACACAAAUAAUUCGGAGGGGACGAGUAUGAUGGCAUAUCCUCAAGUUUUUAGAAGAUAGUUCUGUCACAGAAUAACACACAAAUAAUUCGGGUGGGACGAGUAUGAUGGCAUAUCCUCAAGUUUUAGAAGAUAGUUCUGCUGUCACAGAACAACACACAAAUAAUUCGGAGGGGACGAGUAUGAUGGCAUAUCCUCAAGUUUUUAGAAGAUAGAUCUGUCGCAGAACAGAAAGAAUUUGGAGAGGGAGAGUAUGUUGACAUAUCCUUAAGUUUUUAGAAGAUAGUUCUGUCACAGAAUAACACACAAAUAAUUCGGAGAGGAAGAGUAUGUUGGCAUAUAAUCCUUAAGUUUUUAGAAAAUAGAUCUGUCACAGAAUAACACACAAAUAAUUCGGAGGGGACGAGUAUGAUGGCAUAUCCUCAAGUUUUUAGAAGAUAGUUCUGUCACAGAAUAACACACAAAUAAUUCGGGUGGGACGAGUAUGAUGGCAUAUCCUCAAGUUUUUAGAAGAUAGUUCUGCUGUCACAGAACAACACACAAAUAAUUCGGAGGGGACGAGUAUGAUGGCAUAUCCUCAAGUUUUUAGAAGGUAAUAUAAUGUCCACCACUAUUGACCUUGUUUUAUAUUGUGAUAAUAUAAUGAUGAUAUUUACAAUUUGAGUUUUCAAUGAAUAUACUUUUGUACGUCAGUCUGAAUUUACAGAAAAUAGUAACUAUUAAUCUGUAUACUUUAAAUGAAAUUUAUAACACUACAAACCUUCAGAUAGUUCUGUCGCAGAACAACACACAAAUAAUUCGGAGAGGGAGAGUAUGUUGGCAUAUCAUCCAGUUUUUAGAAGAAGCCCAUAGUCCAGAAUGAUCUGUCGUAGUACAACACUCUCAUAGAAAAGAUGGACAUUAAACAUUGUGGCGAUUUACGCAGAACAAUGAUAAUACAGACUUUGAGAUUAUCUGAUUUGAGGGGCAUUAAUUUAUGACUAUCAAGAGUAUAUUGACAUUUUAUGGGGUGAUAUGGUUUAUAGUUUUAUCAAGUAAUAAGAAUGGUUGUAAAUAAACUAUAACCGUGUACAAUAUGUUUAUUUUUCAGAUUUGUGGUUUAUUCACUGCUAUUACUAGCCAUGAUUCAUAUUACUAUUUUCAUGUCAUUUCAAAUGCAAUGAUUUGUUCCCCAACCAAAAGUACAAUCUUAUGUCAGAAAUUUGAAUUAGAUAAAAUAUUUUCCGUCCUAACCACAACAUAAAUUCAGAAAUAUAAUGAUAAAAUGGCAGCGGUAGAAAUUACGAAUGUUAUCCCGUCGGCUACACACGAGCAGGAGGACGCGUGGCUAUACGGCGACGCAACUAAAGAUCCCUCGCAAUCAACACUAGACGCAAACGCCGUCGAGUUCGUCUCAAAAGUUCAGAACGGCAAUGCUGACCACUCAGCCUCAGAUAGUGACUCAGACGAUGAUGAUGAUGACGAUGUUCAGAUUACUAUUGGCGAGAUCAACAAGAAUGCCCCAGCUACGUUUGGCAUGGCAUCCUCUUUUGGACCCCCUCAGAUUACCCCUAUCACACAACCAAAACAAGUGAGCGUUAUCACUGCUCCCCCACCAACUAUUACUCAUGUUUCUCAGCCUACUACCAUGACCAGCAAGCGAACUAUUGAUGUUAACGCUGUGGGAAAUAUCAAUGGGGUACCCAUUUAUGACUAUGAUAUUGAUACCAUGUGCGAAGAGAAGCCCUGGCGUAUCCCUGGGGCUGAUUUAACAGACUAUUUUAAUUAUGGUUUCAAUGAGGAGAGCUGGAAAGCGUAUUGUGAUAAACAGAAAGGAGUACGAGGGAUAGCUUCAGAGAAAAACAGGGAGCUGUCUGUAGUGCAACGUCCGUCUGUUAUGAGCGCCACCCUAUUACCAGAACUUCCCAAACUACCAGGACACCAUUCUGGUGGCACUAUAGGCGUGCUUGGUGCUAAGAGUCAGGCUGCCACUACAAUAGUACCCCAACAAACCAUCUCCUGUAUCCCUUCUAUCGGGUCUCUAGUGAAUGCUCCCCGCCUCAUGCUGCCCGCUGGUUUGGGCAAUGUCCUCUUCCCACCCUCACUAUCCCAACCAGCCUUCCUACCACUGCCACAAUUACAGCCCCCAGGUCUAGCGCCUCCUCCCGAGAUGAGACCUAUGAUUAAGCAGGAGGACGGCAGUACUCCCAUGCAGCUCCCUCCAUCCAGUGGUCCUCUACCUCCCCCAACUAUGUUCCCCCCUCCUGGUCUCCCCUCUAUGUUACCUCCUCCUGGUGUUAAUCUCAGUAACAUGGUCCCUCCAAUGAUGCUGCCACCACCAGCAUUCAGCGAUGAGAGUGGGGCCUCCAGCGAUGAGGAAUCUCGGAGAAGGAGACGCAGUCCACGGAGAUCACACAGUCGAGAGCGAAAGAGGUCACGUGAGCGGAGGUCGCGCGGUGACGGACAUCGCGAGCGCAGCACAGAACAUCGCAGUCGAUCACGGAGGUCACCAAGAAAAGAAAAGAAGAGCAGAAAAUCAGCUCGAGGAGAUGAGAGUAGGCAUCGACACCGAGAUGAAGACAGAAGUAAGCGCAGUCGACGGAAAAAGGACAGCGAAAACGGGGGAGAGACAGGCGAAAAUGGGGUGGAAGCUGAGCAAUGAGUUUCAAAUUGUUUUCAUAUUUAAAGAAUGUAAUCAGACCACAACGAGCCGUGUAGUACACCGGACAGAAAGGGCUGGCCGUGUCACACCAUGUCCACUAGAUGAGCUUACAGUUAUGUUCACUUGGUUGCGAGGAUUUUCAAGUGCCUUGGUUUAUAAUGUUAUAAUUAUCAUUAUUAAUGUCUUGUUUAUGUUUGAAAGCUAACCUAAAGCUAUUUUAUUAAUUUAUUUGAGGUGUGAGUGUAGUGAUCUAUGGUAUUGAGUUGUGGAGUUGUUAAGCUCAUGAAACAGACUUGCAUAGGCGUUUUACUGUCGUGUUAUUGACAAUUAAGUUUCUUAGAAAAGCAAAUAUAUCAUGAUGAUAUUAUGAGAGCUUUUGCAAAGUAUUUAUUUGUAAAUUCUCAUUUUUGCAUUUUUGCAUUUUUAGCAGAAUCGAUUUUAUUUCUAGUCCAUUCUAUAAUAUCUUUGAAAACUAUUAUCGUAGAUCUUUGAAAUUAAUUUUUCAA